AUGACGACAGUAGAGUCGCUCGAACCGCACAUUCUGGCUAUCCUGACAGCGCCAGCGGUGGACUUGGAUACUGUGUCGGCCAAACGGGUCCGUGCGCAGCUCAAAGUCAACUUGCCAAAGUUGGAAGACGAGUGGGUGCGGAAGCACAAGGGAGAGAUUGAUGCUCUGACUGCAACGAUCUUUGACCGCGUGAGAGCGGGGAUGGGAGAGGAUGAGAAAGAGAAGACUCCAUCUCCACCUGCGAGUGUUGCUACAGCUUCUGUUACGGGUAACAAGCGGAAACGAAGUGCGGAGGAAGAGGCCGAUGCAGAGUAUGCGAGGAAGCUGGCCAGCGAACUCAAUGGGCACAACACCCGUGCUGGGAGCGUUGGAAACAAAAGGGACAAAUCAAAGCGAAAACAGGCAAAGAGCGCCAAAGAGAUUCAGGAUUCAGACGACGAGGCCGAUGCACCCAAGAAGAAGAAGUCCAAGCCUAAAAAGGCUAAGAAGCAGGAUGACGGCGAUGGCGAGGAGAAGAAAAAAGGGGGUUACCAGAAGGAGUAUGCGUUGAGUCCUGCGUUGGCUGCGUUUACGGGCGUAUCAGCGCUCUCACGACCCCAAAUUGUCAAGAGGCUCUGGGACCAUAUCAAAGCCAACAACCUACAAAACCCGCAAGACAAGCGAGAAAUCCUGUGCGACGACCAGAUGAAAGGUCUUUUCAACGUUGACAAGAUCAACAUGUUCCAGAUGAACAAGGUCAUCGGAGCACACAUUGUUGGCGACGCACCACAGUGA